CUGCUAUAUCUUCAUAAUUUCCUCUAACAUCUCCCCAAGAUGUGUGCGAAAACGUACUCCAAAAAAAUUUAUCAGUGUGGCGACUGGGAGAACGAAGACGUCACGUUUACACCUUGCGAUGACCAGACGAAGCCGGGUCACACUGUCACAGAGAUCCCUUUGGGUUCAAAGAGAGUCAAGGGGAAAUGCGGCAAGCCUAACUGCACAAAUCCGUGAGAUGGCUAGCCUGUAUCGAGGACUAGACAUUGCUGGAUUUGAAUUGUGACGCAUAUUGGUAAAAAGGGCACAGGGAGGGGGAGGAACAGUAAUUCUCGUAGUCCGGAAUUCAAGACCCGCAUUUGCUUGUCUGUGCCGUUUCUGAGUCCAG